AUGGCAUUCCAUAUAUUGCACACCCUCAAGCAUGGCGCAGAACUACCACCGGAAGUCGUCAACUACAUGUAUACUUCAGGUGCUUUCAUGAUAUUGAAGGACUUCCCGGAAGGGCAUGAAUUCGGAAUAGACUACAAGUCGUGGACUGUUGGCCCAAAAUUCAUGGGUCUGAAAAUGAUACCAGCUGGUGUUCAUUUUGUCUACUGUAGCGUGAAAGGAGCUCCAAGAAUAGGCUUUUUUCACAACUUCAAGUCAGAAGAAGUUCUAGCAAAAAGGUGGGACAAAGUGAAGGAAACGUUUUCGGACGAUGUUCUAUCUGAUGAGGAGGUAAGUAGAAUAAGAGCGAGUUUGAAGAACAUCGACUCUCACCUGGGACCAUAUCCUUUCGAGAACUACCGCAGCUGGUAUGCGCUCACAGAUUUUGUCACCGGAGAGACAUUAGAGAGGUUGAAUCCACUGAAGGGUCAGAUCUCUGCCCAAGCAGAGCUUGUCAGCAUGGAAACGUGCCUAAUGGAAAACGAAGAGCUCAAUGCAACUGUUGGAUGCAGCAAUAGCGUUGAUCGAGAACAUCCUACUCGUACUCGAUUCGUGGAUCCACAAGGACUGCCCAUAAUGAAAAUCAGAGAAGGAUAUGAAAUUCGAUUCAUUGGAAUACCACAAUUGAGGGUGGGGGAAAACCGUGUCGGCAUCGACUAUACUGAUCGACUAGAGAGAGUGAUACGCCAGUUGAAUGGAGACUGGAAGCAGCUACUAGCGGAAGUUCAGUUUGCUUUCGCCUGUUUCCUUAUUGGUCAGGUUUUCGAAGGAUUUGAACAGUGGAAACGUUUGAUUCAUUUGUUGUGUUGUUGCCCAUCUGCACUUGGUCCCCGAUCAGACAUGUACAUAUCGUUCAUCAGAGUUCUAUUUUUCGAGUUAAAAGAGUGUCCUACGGAUUUUUUCGUCGACAUAGUAUCUCGCGACAAUUUCCUUACUACGACUCUGUCAAUGUUAUUCGCGAAUAUCAGAGAUUCCGAUAUUGCUUCGACGGAGUUGAAAAAGAAAUCAGCGCAAUUCAAAUUAUACCUCACAAAAGAAUUCAAAUGGGAUUUUGAAUGCGACUAA